AUGGGAACGGCGGUGGGGCAGUGGCUGGAGGAAGCGCUCGUUGAUCUCUGCCGGAAACCUGAAAUUGGUUUGAAUUUCGAUCGUGAUGUUAUCUCCGGUCUUGUCUCCUAUUGCGAUCUCGCUCAGCCUGUCGAUGCCAAGGAGUAUCUCGACAAUAUUAUUGGAAAAGAAGGAAAAAGCAUCAUUGCAGAAUAUCUACAGCGAAGAGGAUACAAAGAUCCAUCCAGCCAUGUAGCAAACAGUUCAGGUCCAGAACUGCAAGUGUAUGUUAAGCCAAAAGUGGAUACUGGUGGAACCAAGAAACCGUUUAAAACACCGAAAGAGGGAACAUCUUCUGCUGCAACUGGGAAAGUAACAGCUCCAGUCCAUCAAGUCAAUCCUAAAAAGAAAAAAGGCGGAAAAGUAAUCUCUCUUGCAGAAGCAGCUAAAGGAUCAAUAGUUUUCCAGCAAGGGAAACCGUGUGCAUGCCAAGCUCGUAGACACAAAUUAGUGAGCAACUGCUUGUCGUGUGGGAAAAUAGUAUGUGAACAAGAAGGAGAAGGGCCUUGCAGUUUCUGCGGAGCACUUGUGCUAAAAGAGGGAAGUACAUAUGCUGGGCUCGAGGAAGGGUAUUCUCCAGUGUCUGAUGCUGAUGUGGCAGCUGAAGCUUAUGCAAAAAGGCUUGUAGAGUAUGAUAGAAAUUCGGCCGCACGUACAACAGUCAUUGAUGACCAGAGUGAUUACUAUGAAAGCGAGGGUAGUACUUGGCUUUCUGGGGAGGAAAAAGAGCUUUUGAGGAAGAAGCGAGAGGAGAUUGAAGAAGCUGAACGAGCUAAAAAGAGCAAAGUGGUUAUGACAUUUGAUUUAGUUGGUCGUAAGGUACUGUUAAACGAAGAUGAUAUCUCAGAACUGGAAUCAGGGAAUAGGAUUCUAGGACCAUCCGAAACUAAAAACGUGAACAGGAUCAAACCGAACCCAACGGCAAAACUCAUUCCAAUCUUCUUAGAUCCGGGACCGACCGAGAAGAAGCCAAACAGCAGCAGCUCCUCUAAGAGAGACAACAAGAAAAACCGCAACGGUUUGUGUCUGGAGAUCUCAGGAAGGGUACAACAUGACAGGAGUGAGCUGAAGUACUUACAAACCGAUCCAUCCUCAGUAAUCGAUGGGCUUCAUGUGGAAGAUGGUGGUGAAUGUUCUUUGGAGUACGACUAA